ACAUAAUUGCUUUCCUCCACAUCGACCUCGGGAACAAGAGCUGGAUCGGGACGUCCUUCUGGGGAGCUGAGUGAUGAACUUCGGCAGGGAGGUGGCCCGGCAAACCAGUUGUUAUACUUACGUGGUAGAAGAUGAGGAUCCAGCCCUGGCGCAUCUAAGUAUAUUUGAGUUGGCCGACCAGGGUGACCAGGCUCUGCUGGAGAACUUGGUGAGGAAGAGCCCUGAGGUCCUAAGUGAGAAAGAUGAAUUGGGAGCUGGCCCUGUUCAUCACGCCGCUGCGGGGGGCCACGUCGCUCUCAUCCAGUUCAUCACCAGCGUGCUGGGCCACCAGGCUCUGAACAGCUGCGACGAGCGCGGAGACGUGCCCCUCCACUGGGCUGUGGAUAAGGACCAGGCGGAGAGCUGCAGGGUUCUGCUGGACCUGCGGGCCGACCCCAAUGUCCUCAAUGCGGCACUGCUGUCACCUUUGCACCUGGCCAUCAGCCAGGGACACAACAGGCUAGUGGAGCUGCUGCUCUCCUACGGCACGGUGGACUACAACCUACCCGGAGACCUCGGCAACACCCCGGUCAUGAUGGCCUGCUCGCUCAAUAACUGCGAAGCUCUCGACAUUUUGCUAAAGCACGGAGCACGUUUGUGCAAACAAAAUAAGCUGGGCCAUUUCGCAGUGCACGCGGCUGCAUUCGCGGGCGCAAAAAAGGCCCUGGAAAUCAUCCUGAAGGCCGGGGAGGAGCUAGGCCACUUUGGUGAAAACCACAUUAACUAUCUGGACAAAUCCAAUAGCUCGCCGCUGCAUCUGGCUGUGCGGGGCGGCAACACAGACACCAUUCGAUUCUGCAUCGUCAAGGGAGCCAAAAUUGACCAGAAACAGCAUGACAGGUCGACGCCGCUGCACUUGGCGUGUACCCAGGGUGCCCUCGAGGUGGUCAAAAUGAUGCUGUGCUCUCACGGCCGAGUGGAGGACAUCAUUAACCUCAAGGAUGGAGCAUGUCAGACGCCGCUGCACAGGGCGACAAUAUUUGACCACGUGGACUUAGCCGACUACCUCAUAUCUUUGGGUGCGGACGUCAACGCCGUGGACUGUAAGGGAACCCCCCCCUUGCUGUUGGCAACCAGUUGUGGGGCAUGGAGAACCGUGGUGCUGCUCCUGUCCAACGGGGCAAAUGUCAACCUAAAGGACAGGCUUGGCUGCAAUUUUCUUCAUCUGGCCAUCUUGCAACCCAAGGGGCUGAAGAAUCUGCCGCAAGAUGUUCUGCAGCGUAGCAGUGUGAAGGCGUUGCUGAGCUGCGAGGACAACGAGGGCUGCACGCCACUGCACUACGCGUGCCGACUGGGCAUCCACGACUCGGUGCGCAACAUGCUGGGCCUCUCGGGCCAGCUGGGCCUGGCGUGCAAGUCCAAGGAUAAGAAGUCUGCCCUACACUUUGCUGCUCAGUAUGGCCGUAUCAAUACGUGUCACCGACUGCUGGAGACCAUCACGGACUCACGCUUGCUCAACGAAGGUGACGAGCGAGGCCUGACGCCGCUUCACUUGGCUUCCAGAGGGGGGCACACGGAGGUGGUGAGGCUACUGCUGCGUAGAGGGGCUCUUUUCCACAGAGUCUUGAGAUAUCCUGUGUUUGUCUGGAGUGAUUACAAGGGCUGGACCUGUCUACAUCAUGCAGCCUCUGAGGGAUACACACAAACUUUGGACAUUCUGUUAUCAGCCAACUUGAAACUGCUGGAUAAAACAGAUGAAGAUGGGAACACCGCCCUUCACAUAGCGGCAAGGAUGGGCCAUGUGGCGGCAGCCAUGCUCAUGGUGAACCGAGGGGCGGAGUUUGUUUUGAACAAGAGCGACACGUCUUUCCUACACGAAGCGCUGCAGAAUGGGAAGCACGAUGUGGUCAACGCUGUCAUUGACAGCGAGAGGUGUGCAGAGGCAUUGACCACAUUUAAAGUCGGUGGAUCCCAACGAUGCCCCAUCAUGGACAUGAUUGAAUACCUGCCCGAGACCUAUAAGCACCUGUUGGACUGCAGUGUAAGGGAGUCGGAGGACGAUCACAACUGCCCUGCCUACCACAUUGAAUACAACUUCUGCUGGCUGCAAGCUCCCCUCGAAAUGCAGAAGAAAGGGGAUAAGUCUACCCGGAUUCAGCCGCUAGCCGCACUCAACGCGAUGGUGAAAUACAACCGCAUUGGGCUUCUCAACCAUCCCGUCUGCAAAAAGUACCUGUCCAUGAAGUGGGUGGCGUACGGGAGCAAGGCGCAUAUUCUCAACAUGUUCAUGUACCUGCUGGGUCUGCUACCGCUGACUCACCUCAUUGUGGCUCUGAGACCCACCAUGAACAUCACGGAAACGGGCGAGCACAGGAUCACCAUGGUGCCCGUGUUGUUUCUGGAGCAAAGUCUGUUCCUGUCCUUCUGUAUGGUGAUGGUCCUGGUCAUGAAUGUCUACUGCAUUGUGAAAGAAGUGCUACAGAUAAUACAACAGCGUUGGAACUACUUAAAAGAUUACUCCAACCAAGCUGACUGGGUUUCGGCCAUCAACUCGCUUCUCUUUAUCAUCCCGGCCAUGCUCAACGCGUCGGGCUCCUGGUACUGGGAAGCGGGAGCGCUUGCAGUCCUCAACUCCUGGAUCGCAUUCCUCUUGUAUCUCCAAAGGUUCGAGGGGAUUGGCAUCUACGUGGUGAUGUUUGGCGAGAUCUGCAGGACGUUCUACCGGACCGUGCUCCUGUUCUUUUUCCUCCUGCUGGCCUUUGCAUUGGCGUUCCACGCGCUGCUGCUCGAGCAGAGAGAGUUCGAGAACUUGCCGCUGUCCAUGAUGCAAUCAUUUGUGAUGAUGGUGGGCGAACUCAAUUACCAGAACAACUUCCUGGACGCGUAUCUGAAAAACGAGCUUCCUUUCAGCACGUUGACAUUAUUCACGUUCGUCUCCUUUGUUCUCGUCAUGCCCAUUGUUCUCGUAAACUUGCUGAUUGGUUUAGCAGUCGGAGACAUCGCUGAAGUGCAAAGAAAUGCUGCCAUGAAAAGAAUAGCCAUGCAGAUCGAUCUCCACACCGCCCUGGAAGACAAGCUGCCUUACUGGUUCAUCAAAAGAGCGGACAAACCCUCCGUCGUCAUCUACCCUAACCGCAAGUGCUCCAAGCACAUCAUCAUGCAGCUAUUUGGAGGCAGCACGGCAACCAACGACGAGUGGAAGCGAAUAUUUGUGACGUCGCAAAGCUGCUCCACAGUGGAAGCUGAGCUCAAAAAGCAGAAGUGCAGGCUGAAGGAGAUGGCCAGCGUGCUAGAGAAGCAGCACAACCUCCUCAAGCUCAUCAUCCAGAAAAUGGACAUUACCUCCGAGGCGGACGAGUACGACGGCCCGCUCAAUGUUGGUGGCACCACCUGGAAGCGACUGUGCCUGCCCAAGCGCACCACCAGCAGCACCGGCGUGUCCCGCUGGGUGCCGCUCAUGAAAGCCAUUGAGUCCAAGCCCAAAGGACAAGUUUAGAAAAGUAGAACAGUUAUCACCUAAACUCAAACCACGUUGCAUUAUAUGUUGCUUAGGAGGUCUACGAUGGGAUUGAUUUUUCUCAAGCUUCUGCUGUGCUUGGCCUGCAAAGUCCCUGGGAGGCCAUAUACUUUUAAAACUAUUCUAAAAAUCCCACACACGUUCAUGUAGGAAAGUAGAGUAAAAGACCACAGCAUCCUGACAGACUUCAUCACCUGCAUGUACCCUCCCCAAAACAUACAAAUAUCAAAACAACGAUGUCAAUAGAACCAUUAUAUCGCUCAUGCUAGCCUGUAAAUGAAACACAAAACCCAUCAGCCAUAGUUGAAGCAUGCACCUCUCCGCUGAACAUAUCCUCCAAAUAAACGCACAUAAAUAAAAAUGUCAAAACAAGGAUGUAUAUAACCAAUAAAUGUUUCAAGGUCAGUCACGAAAACUUAUAAAUGAAACUCAAUCACCACUAGGAGUAGGUGGCACACCGCCUCUACCCUGGCACCCACCCUCAAAAAAAAUGCACAAAUGUCAAAAUACUCUAUCUGUAUUUAACGCAUCAUAUUUAGUUGAAAAAAUUGCACACGCUUUCUUCCCUGCAGGCGUAUUAAAAAGACAUCCAAAUGUUCAUAAUGUUCAUAACAAUAUUUCCUCAAGGAAAACUCCCAAAAAACCUGAAACACCAUCCAACUUAUUUGUUGCGUACACACACACACAGCUGUGACUCAGGAUGAUGGUAUAAUACUCGUCAUUUUUACUCAUAAAUAUGCCUGUGAGUAUUGUUAUAUUGUUUGUCUACAUGUGUUGCUACACGUUGGUGUUAAAAAAAAAAUCAGCUUUUUUUCAAAUCACGACAAUCGAUGCUAACGUUGGCAUGUCAAUGUGUUAUCUGCUGCUUCUUAGCUUUAAGCUAAGUUGGCUUUCCUUAUGUGCAAUUGUCCUUAAAAUUUAAUUUGACUGAACUUCCGCUGGGAAUGGAAUUAAUCAUCUUGAAUCCUCUUGUCUUAUUAUUUGCCAAACUGCUGCUGAUUGUGAAAACUCUUACUGUGUGGGACUCCUAUCUCGAGGCAUCACUUGAUGUACUAUGUAGUACCGCAAUGUAACCACACUUAGUCGUGAUC